AUGAAGAUCACUUUCUUCUCAGUACUGUUCGCAGCGAGUGCCAUUGCGGCACCGUCGUCCAGCUACCCGACCAACACUACCUCGGGUCCUGAUGAGAACGGCAAGUACGAGAUCUCUGCCGAAGGCAUCCGUGGAUUAUUCAUUCCUUACGGCGCGUCCAUCUCCAACCUUUUCAUUCAGGGCAAAGAUGGCGUAGAGCGCGACGUUGUGCUUGGAUUCGACAACGCCUCGUAUUACUCGGUAGAUCCAGUCCACCCCCAUUUUGGAGGUGUGCCUGGACGCUACGCAAACCGCAUUAAGAACAGCACGUUCAACAUUGAUGGUGUUGACUACCAUAUCACACCCAACGAAAAUGGUGGUGCGGACACUCUGCACGGUGGUCUUGACGGAUGGGAUUGGCGCAACUUCACGGUUGUAGCACACACCGAGUCCUCGAUCACUUUCUCGAUUGUUGAUCCUGACGGCAAGGAGGGCUUCCCUGGUGAGGUUAUCAGCUACAUCACCUACACCAUGUCUCCCAACACCUGGAACAUUAAGAUUGUUGCUCUUGCGACAACCAAGAAGACACCCAUCAUGUUGACCUCGCACACAUAUUGGAACUUGGAUGGUUUUGCCAACCCGGACACACCCACUGCUCUUAACCAUACCCUGCACCUGCCCUACUCUGGCCAGCGUGUUGGCGUUGACAACAUCCUCAUCCCUGAUGGCACCAUCCUGCCCAACGAGAAGUACUCGGUGAACGAUUUCUGGUCUUCUCCUAAGCAGAUUGGUGCCAAUCUCACAGCACCUGAGCUCCUUGGAAACUGUGGCUACAACUGCACCGGAUAUGACAACUGCUACGCUGUCAACCGCGACCAGAGCGGUCCCUUCGAUUGGCGCAACUCUGGACCUGUCGCCUCUCUUUCGAGCGCAUGGUCCGGUAUCAAAGUCGACAUCUUCACCGACCAGGAAGCUUUCCAGGUCUACAGCUGCGGCGGCCAGAAUGGCUCUCUUCCCAUCAAGUCUACCCAAGGUCUUGACAGCCGUCGCCGUACCGUUGAGCAGUACGGCUGUGUCGUCAUGGAAGUCCAGGACUACAUUGACGCCAUCAACCAGCCUGAGUGGCAGCGCGAGAAGAGGCAGAUUUUUGGUCCUAAUGACCCUGCCUACACUCUUGAGGCUGACUAUGUCUUCUCUACUGAGAGCUAG